AUGCAUACCCGCUUAAAGGAAUUUAUCAUAAAAGUGCUUUCCCACAAAUUUCUUCAAAUCAUCAUUCAUCGCUAUGAAGAUUUAAUAGCUCCAGUACGUGAAACCCGUGCAACCAAUCACGCUUAUUAAUACUGUUAUUAUACAGUUCCUUAUAAGGUUACAUGUUAAUAGAUAUAAUUGAUUAUUUUUAUUGAAUACCCAAGGUUAUUCAUUUCUCUUCCCAUUUAGGUCGACGUCUUUACGCUGGACGGAGUGCCCUCUGUCGGAGAAGUCGAGAAACUCCGAAUAUGGCACGAUAAUACCGGAUUAGAUCCCUCGUGGAAACUUCGUAGUGUUUCGGUACAAGAUCGUAGCACCGGUGAAGUGUAUUUGUUCAACUGCUAUUCUCUGUUGAGUAAAGAUGAAGGCUCUACCCUGGAUGAUAUUAAGUGCACUGGCAAAGCUGAACCCAGAG